AUGAAAUUAGCAAAUAAAUUAAAGUUUAGUGGUGGCAGUAUCAAAAGAGUUUCAGAUUUCGAUGGUGUCUUUGAUUAUUUACAGCUACUGUUGAAACAUCAUCCAGUUACACUGAAAAAGCGAUGCUUUGUUUCGAUCAUUAGCAAUACUGCACAGUCCGAGGAAACCAGACGUCAGUUGGCAUAUUUACCGUUGGAAUUGAAGGAGGAGUUGAUUCAUUUCAUGUUGGAAUACAGACUUUUCAAUGUUAAGAUCGCAGCAAUGACAGAGCUAAUAGAGGUGCUUCUCGAUCCACGUAUCAAAUCUUUAGAUUUCAGUGUGGUUCCAAGCAAGAUAUCGCAGUUGGACUCCACCAAAGAACUGCUUCGCGCGGCACACCGAAUUCAAAAGCUAGAUUUUUCAUAUUGCUACGAAAUCAACGAUCAAAUUUUAAAGUUAAUUUUACAGAAUUGCUAUCAUGGCGCACCCAAUGGCAUAGCUUCACGAAGCUCAACCAUUAGUGGACCAGACUCUGGCAGUCUCAAUGGCAGUGGAAAUAGUUUGCCAACAACGUCGUCGCCAAUUGGAUCGCCAAUGAUAACACCCACAUCAACACCACCCUCCACACCAACCAAAAACAAAUUACACCGUCUACAACGACUCAAAGAGAAAAUACUCAAGAAGCGUAAGAAUACAAUGGAUCCUUUCAAACUGUCGUUGAGUGAUUCUUCAGAGGCGGACAAUCUUCCACCGCAUGCCGUUGUGAUACCAUUUGACCAAGAGUCGACUUCCAGCGGUGGAAACGGCACCUCCAGUAAUGGACAUUCCCGAGUAACAGGUGACUACGAAGAGUCAGGAAUCGAGUCACUCUCCAUUCGCCAUUGUACAUUGUUUAGCGAUACCAUUCUACGUCGACUUUUGCGGGCGUCUUCAUCUCUCACCUACCUCGACGCUACCGGAACCAAACUCAGUGGAAAAUCACUCCAGACUAUUACCAACCAUUGUUUCAAACUCCGAACACUCUCGAUCGGUUCACUUUCAGAAUCCAUUGUUAUGCCAGCCAUUACAACAUCGUUUUGUAAUCUUGUAAAUCUCACUAGUCUCGAUUUAAGCUACAACAGUAAAAUCGAUCACUCCGUAUUAGUAUCGAUUUUAACGAAUCACCAUCAACAACAACAACAACACCACAACCAAUCGAAUCACCUAUCAAUUUCAACAUCGUCAUCGUCUUUGCCAUCACCUAUGCACUCACCAACAUUGACACCAGGCACACAACCACCCAACUUACUAUUCAACUCGGCAGUAUCAUCGUCAUCCGCAUCGAUUUCAUCGAUCUCCUCGUUUGGUAUCGAUCAUUCAAUGUCACAUCAAUCACUUUCAUCGAUGAUAUCGAAUGGAUCGACACUUUCAAUUAACACCAACCGGCUAGACGAGGCAAACAACAUCAUUGUUGCUUAUCCUUCGAUGUUGCAAUGUCUGAACUUGGCACAGUUGGAGAUCGAGGAUGAAUCACUAGCGAUGCUACCAAAGAAAUGUCCACUACUUCAUACACUGGACAUCUCUUAUUGCACUAGGAUUUGCGAUGAUUCACUCAUCGACAUGACAGCCAACGGACUGAUAACACUCCAAUCACUCACCGCCAAAGUAGUAAAAGUUUCACAUGGAUUGGUCAAUAUAUUCAAAACCAAUCCACUACUCACCAAACUAGACAUUAGAUUCACACAAGUCAAAGAAGAACACUUAAAUCAAAUCCCAAUCUGUUUGAAUAAUCUAAGAGUAAUACGUUUAGAUGGUACACCAAUAACAGACAAUACAUUUAGAUUAAUAUCAUCAAGUAAUAGAUGUUUAGAAGAAGUAGGAUUGUCACAAUGUAAGAAUAUUACAUUCGAGAUGUUCAAUGUUUUGGCAGAGAAUUCUACCAACUUUUUCAAUCAAUCCGAUCAACUUUCGACGCUGGACGUCAGUUUCUCUCCGAUGGCAUCGGACGACUUCUUGAUGGUAAUGGCCAACUCUAAUUGUGCAGCGAAUCUCGAGUCGUUGUUUGUCGGUGGUGGAUUCCAGCAUCUUGAAGGUGUCACUGUGACGCGCCUAGUUGAUCGCUGUCCGAUGAUAAGAAUAUUCUCUUGUCUCUCUUGCUACAAGCUCAAAGACAGUGUUAUUAUCGAUGCCAUGAAACGUUGGUUGAUGUUGGAGGCAAUCGAACUCACCGACUGUACAGCAUUGACACCGAACACCAUCAACUUCCUCACGCUCGACACACACCUACACUAUCACCUUCGUUUCAUAUUCUUUGGUAGCGCAAUCUCUGAGGAAGUCGACGAGCAAACUAUACUCAACAAAAUCGAUGGUAGAACGACAGUCGAGCUAUUGGAGAAUAAUAAUUAA